AUGCAACAGCUCUUAAACCCCUUUGCACAAAAGUAUCCCGAAGCGGUCGACUGCACCCUCUCCUCGCAGGCUACGUCGGUGCGCUUCAACCCCUCCGGCCCCUAUGCGGGCCAUUACCUCGCAGCAGGAGGGAGCGACGGUCUAGUGGAAGUAUGGGAUGUCGAGACGCGGGGUAUAGUCCGCCAGCUCGAGGGCCACGUCAAGGCCGUGGGAGGGUUGAGCUGGUCGCGCAAUAACCGUUUCCUCCUCUCCACAUCUCUUGACGGCACGGCGAUUGUAUGGGACCUCGCCGCGCUAUCGCCCCUCCUACGGCCUCUGGUACGCGCGACCUGGCCCCGCUCACGGACGUUACGGUUCGACGCUCCUCUAUCUACUGGCGCAUUUCAUCCUCGCAACGCGGGGCUCAUCCUCGUCACAUUGACUUGUAACGAGGUAGUGCUUGUCGAUCUAAGGGGCUAUGGGCCGAGCGAGGCGGGUCGACGCUGGGUAUUGGUGGAUGUCAUGGAGGGCGACGAGGAAGAAGAAGGGGCCAAGAAGAAGGCGUUGACAUGUGCGGCUUGGUCGCCCUGCGGGUCGAGGAUAUAUGCCGGCACAAACGGGGGCAUGGUGCUCGUCAUUGACCCCGUGUCACGCCUCGUCCAGAGCCGCAUCAAGGUCGGCACGAGCGGGAUCAAGCAGCUGGCCUUUGACGGAGCUGGACGCAAUCUCAUCCUCAACUCUACGGACCGGGCUCUGCGAGUCCUCACCGUCUCGCCGCAGACUGGAGCUCUGGCCCCGAUUCACCGCUUCCAGGACCUCGUGAACCGCACGCCUUGGCAUGCUGUGGGCUUCUCGGGGGACGGUGAGUACGUUUUUGGUGGGGCUGGGCAUAAGAUGAGCCACAAUGUGUUUGUGUGGGACCGCGAGGCGGGGGCUUUGGUCAAAGUGCUCGAGGGGCCGAAGGAGAGCUUGAUGGAUGCGGACUGGCACCCCACCCGCCCGAUUAUUGCGACUGUCGAGAACUCGGGCGACGUGCAUAUCUGGCAAACCAGCUCGCCUGACAACUGGGCAGCCUUCGCACCGGGCUUCGAGGAACUCGAGGAGAAUGUCGAGUACGACGAGCAUGAGGACGAGUUUGACAUUGAAGACGAGGAUGACGCGGCGCGUAAGAUGAACGAAGCCGAGGACGAAGAUAUUGAUGUCCUGUCACCCGCUGAUGACUUCCCGCGGCGCCCCGAACCAUCCCUAGGUGCGGCUGGAGCAGGCGAGCACGACGAGGAGGACGAGGCGGCCCGCGCCGCGCGAUUGGUGCGUGCUGCUGCAGAAUGGGCAGACGCGCAACCAGAUCACGACUCGUGGGAGGGUUUCUACCUCUCCAUAGAUCUGCUAGAGGAGCCGAUAGAGAACGAGUGA